AUGGCAGUCGGUGCUGUAACUGGUGAUCAGUUCGUCAUCCACGAAGAUGCAAGGACUGAAGAAACAGAGCUGAUUGACGAGGAGCAUGCAUUAGCUGCCACUGAAGAUGACAUGUCUGCUGUAGCCACAGAAGAGGAAGAACUUGGCCACGACGAACACCAAGACCAAUACACCGAGCAAGAAGCAGAAGAGGAGGAGGAGGAAGAGGAGGAGGAGGAGGAGGAGGGAGAUGACGAGUACGAGAGUUCAGAAGACGAGAGGGUUGACCAGGGAGUCAUGGCCGACAUGCUGAAGCUAGAGCAGGACUUCCCCAGCUUUGCCAAAAAGUACCGUCUCAUCAAGCGUAUCGGCGAAGGCACAUUCUCAACGGUAUACAAGGCCGAGGACAAGCUCUACGACUACUACAACAACGAGUGGACAGACCAGAUCGGCGUGCCCAAGUGGACGUCACCACCUGUGCGUCGGCACCAGAACCCACCCCGUCGACCGACUCGUUACGUGGCCAUCAAGAAGAUCUAUGUGACUUCGUCCCCCUCGCGCAUCUUCAACGAACUGGAACUCCUCAACGAUCUGCGCAACUGCCAGGCGGUGUGCCCUCUCAUCACAGCCUUUCGCCAGACAGACCAGGUCAUUGCCGUUUUGCCCUAUUUUCGCCACAGCGACUUCCGUUCCUACUUCCGCGACAUGACCAUCCCCGACAUUGCCAUCUACCUGCGCUCCUUAUUCACGGCCCUCAAGAACUGUCACGAGCAUCGCAUCCUGCACCGCGACAUCAAGCCCACCAACUUCCUCUACGACCCAGCCACGCAGCACGGCGUGCUGGUAGACUUUGGCCUUGCCGAGCACGAGGGUACCGAAACGAAACCCUGUCUCUGCCACGAGGUGCGCGAGAAUCGCCGUGCCCGCCAGGCCAACUCGGUCUGGGCCCAGUCUGCCACGGGCCAGAACCAGGCGGGCUACCCCAAAAACGACACGCGACCAUCGAGACGCGCCAACCGCGCCGGUACCAGGGGUUUCCGCGCCCCCGAGGUACUCUUCAAGUGCACCGAGCAGACGACGGCCAUAGACAUCUGGUCGGCAGGUGUCAUCCUGCUCACCAUCCUGUCCAAGCGGUUCCCCUUUUUCAACUCGGCCGACGACGUCGAGGCCAUGAUUGAGAUUGCCACCAUAUUUGGGACACGCAAGAUGAAGGCCGCCGGCCUGCUGCACGGAUGCGUCUUCGAGACGACCAUCCCCACCGUCGGUACCCAGGGCUUCACCCUUGAGAAGAUCAUCCUCUGGAGCACCUGUAGGACAGACGAUAAGCCCCUGACCGAUGAGGAGAAGCUGGCCAUCAGCUUCCUUGAGCGAUGCAUGGAUUUAGAUCCCAGUCGUCGUAUUACGGCCAAGGAGGCCCUACAGCACGAGUUUCUACGUCCAACAAACCAUGCGCCUGGGGAUGAUGACGAAAUGGACAUGCUAAAUGCUUAA